GGAGGAGUGUGAACUACUUCAUGCAACUUUCCCCGAAUGACGCGCUCCUCCCUAUUCCAACAGAGGAACAAGGUUUCCCCAUCUCGCUUUGCCCUUCUUUAUGUCAUGACACUUUGACAGUGAAAGAAGAAACAAAUAACGUUUUUGGGGGGUAUGCCAAGUGGUUAUAAAAACGGUUUUUUUUUUUGUGUGUGGUCAUCAUGAAGACGUCACCGCUGCGCGUCAUCGCCUCUUUGUGGACUUUUCUUCAAUUCAGCGCGCUCAUAAAGGGCUCCCAUGUAGACUCUAUUGGUAUGAUGUGUGACCCAAAUGAAACAAUACGUUUAAUAACAACAACAACAACAACAGUCACACUUGCCUCGCCUUCCAGUUGCUUCUUAUCCCUUGGGAACAUCUCUGGAAAUGAUUCGCUUACUGGGUUGACUCCUGGAGCCAUUUAUCAAGUCUUCCUCAACUGUUUCAACUGCUCUCAAAAGGUCACAAUGAAACCUCAAAAAGUCACCAAUCUUGAAGUCAACCAUGUCACAACAUCCUCGAUAACGGUGAGCUGGACCAAACCAGAAGGAAACUACUCUUUCUACAGGGUACAAUGGACUGAUGGAAAAAUCGUCCAAAAAGAAAAUGUGACCGUAACAUCACAAAUCAUGACUGGCUUGUCUGCUGGGACCAUGUACAACGUCAAUGUAACUACACUGGCAGAUGAUGGAAUGACUGAAGGCGAUAGUGAAACUGUGUCUGUGUACACAAUACCAGGUAUCAUUCGUGAACCCUCUGCUUCCACAAACACAUCCGCAAUAUCUCUGAAAUGGAAACCACCUGAUGGUGAGGUGUUUGUAUAUCGGGUGGAAUGGCACAACGAAGGAGCGCAGCUCAUCGAAUACACAAAUGAUAACUUUGCUGUGCUAUCAGACUUAGUCUCUGGUACAUCAUAUCCAGUCAAAAUUGUUUGCAUUGCUGGAGACAACCAAACCGAGGGAGAACCCUACAAAUUCGCUGAAGUCACAAGGCCCGAGAGGCCUGAAAAUAUAAUGGCCACCGCAGGAACUGAAAACCUAAAAAUUGAGUGGACCUUACAAAAAGGCAAAGCUGAUUUCUAUGAGGUGAACAUUUCCAAUGCAGAUCUGUUGUAUUCCUCCAGCAACAAAACACUAGUCACCACAGCCCAUUUUCAUGAUUUGUAUCCCGGGAGAGUUUUUCUCAUCACAGUCACCGCUGUCGCUGGAAACCUAAGCAGCACGUCCACCCACAUCGCAUUUGCUACCAUUCCGACACCACCUGGUUCCCUUAAUAUCACUCAAAGGACAACUACUUCACUUCACCUUCGAUGGGAGACUCCCACCAAGAUGCAGCAGGCUCCCUUCAUCAGUUACCACAUCACCUAUCAAAGACCAGGUGGUAAAAUGCAAACCACUACCACCAUCAAUAACAGCAUGGUGCUGUCACAGCUCUCUUCAGGAACAGAAUACAAUAUAUCCGUGUACACAAUCGGACCUCAGAAUCUGACGAGCUCUGCCAUUCAAAAAUCAGCAUACACCUUUCCAAACCCUGUGUUAAACCUUGUGGCCAGUCCGAUCAAUACAACCUCAAUUAAUGUGGCAUGGUCCUUCCCACAUGGCGUGCAGACAUAUUUCUCCUAUUUGGUUCAAACCAGGAACUCUACAGGAGCACUUGUAAAUGAACAAACAAUCAGUGAUAACAUCUCUGAUGUACAUGACCUGGAACCGGGAACUAAGUACAGCGUUAGCGUCACCACAUUAGCAGCAGCAGAAAGUGAAUCCACAGAAGAGCAGACAUUCGCUUACACAAUGCCUAGAGCUGUGACUGAACUCAAAGUUAAAGAUUAUAACACAACAGCUAUCCAGUUGACAUGGUUCAGCUCAAGUGACUACAAGGACACCUACAGCUAUUUGCUAAUUGCAUUCCAGGACAGCACAAUUGUUCAACAUGGGACAACUAAAACACAAAUGUACACCUUCUACAAUCUGAUCCCUGGAACUCUUUACAGUUUUGAGGUGUUCACAGUUGUAGAGGGGCUGAAUUCUACAUUGGAACACACAUCACAAUACACAAAACCUGGUGUAGUUUCAAACAUCAGGGCCAUCGGGACAACGACUAAUAUGUCAGUUUUCUGGAGUGCUCCAAUGGGCCGUGUGGAUUCCUACACUGUCCUAUUGAACAAAGACUCAGAAUGUGAAUAUUCAAAGGAGGAUCUGAGCAACUCAACUCUCAGCACAUUAUUUCAGAACCUGAAGCCAGGGGUGCUUUAUUGUGUGGUGGUGAUCAGCAAAAGUGGACCUUUACAGAGUGACAAUUCAACCUACUGCAAUGCUACUUUUCCAAAUCCUCCUGGACCCAUAAGUAUUGAGUUGCAGACUGUCAGCUCCAUUAAUUUCACCUGGGGCCACCCAGAUGAGAUGGAUCAAAAUCAAUACAAAUUCAGUGUCAAUGACAUCUUCAUGACAGAAAACACCUGGUUUCUUUUGAAGAAUCUCACUUCUGGAAGCCCAUACUCCAUUUCUGUUGCAACUCUUGGUGUGAUGGAUUAUAAAAGCACAGAGGUCAUGGCAAAUAAUUAUACAAGACCAUAUUCCGUGACCAUGCUGAAAGCGGCAGAAAUUACAACAAAUGCCGUCAUAUUGGAAUGGGAGCAACCAGAAAAUAAGCUUAACUACUCCUACCUGGUGCGGGUCACCAAUGGAUCGUUUCCACCCUCUGAAGUGGUCUCCAGAAACCUGUCCGCCGUUAUUUCUGGCCUUUUCUCCGGCUACAACUACACUUUCACUGUCUUCACCCAAGCAGCAGAUGGCACUCUGGCAAUUCCCCGGAUCAACUCCUUCUUUACACGACCACAUCAGAUUAAUGAACUGAAGGCGCACACCAUAAACUCAACUGCAAUACAACUGCUUUGGGUGGAACCGUUAGAACACCGGCCCGAGUACACCUAUCGGGUAGAGACAACUGGCUGUAGCUUCCAAAACAAAACUGUGACAACGCAAGGUGCAGUGAUCUCAGAACUCAAUCCUGGAACACUCUGCACUUUUUGUGUGUUUGUCCAAGCAGGGGAUGGUAUAGAAGGGAAAGAACGCUGCAUUCCUCAGUACACAAUGCCAGAGGCAGUACAACUUGGAAUCUCCAGUCAAGGUUCAAACAUGUCAGUCCUGGUGUCAUGGAUUAUUCCAGCAGGGAAUGUAGAGCUGUAUAGUGUUCACCUGAACAGUUCUUCUAUAGCUCAGUCACAAACAGUAGCGUCGAGCAACAACUCGUUGCUUUUCAAGGGGUUGUCUGCUGGAAGGCUGUACAGCGCCAAGGUGAUAUCCCAUAGUGGACCAUUCAACGUGUCAUCUGAGUUUGUUACAAAUGCUACCUUUCCAAACCCACCUGGGCCUAUUGAGAUCAUCACUAAGUCCACAACCUCAAUAGAAGCAAGGUGGACAGACGCUCCCCAGAUGAAUGGUACAUCAUUCUUCUACCAGCUCACAAUUGCACCGCCUGAGGGAAGUGGACACAUCAAUACCACCGACAUUUGUCAUACUUUUGAGCCCUUGCUCUCUGGGACCCCCUACAACAUUUCCAUAGCAACAAUUGGGGUCUUGGGUUUUAGGAGCGAUGUGAUUCACGCCUAUUUGGUCACCACAAAGCCCUUGCAUGUGAAGUCUCUCAACACUUCUACAGAGGAGGAAAGCAUCACAGUCACGUGGGUUCAACCUGAUGAACACAAGGAAAGCUAUCUUUACGAUUUGACCUGGCAAAGCGUAGACUGGUCUUUCAAUGGCAGUGCUGUGACUGACCAAACAAUGCAUACUAUCACAAACCUGGUCUCUGGCAGUAGGUAUAACUUUUCUGUCAUCACUGAGACGCAGGAUGGCACACAGGGUGCUCCCAGAAGGAUUUCCGCCUGCACAGAUGCAAGCCCAGUGAGAAAUGCAGCAUGUAAAGGUCCAGACAAUCCAAAGGCAGAAAUUGUUUUGACCUGGACUGAGCCCAGAGGCCAAUUUCGUGAUUUUCGCAUCACUAUGAACAAUACGACAAUAAUGACUGGGCCGAGAACCUGUAACCAAAGCUGUAGCCAGACCAUCUCAAACCUAAGUCACUACACUUCAUACAACAUCAUGAUGGAGACACUGAGCUGUGGACAAACUGCGACUCCGGUGUCACUCUACUGCAGGACUGGCAUCACAGACCCACCAAUUCCAGAAAACUACGAGUCACUGGCUAGUGUGAACGAGAAAGUAUACAACAGAUUCACCAUUCAGAUCAAUUCCAGCCUGAUAGCUGACACCAGUGGGCCAGUCACUAAUUUUGGUGUGUUAGUGACUGAAAAUAUAAAAGAAUUUCACACGGCUAAUAUGAGUCAGUACUUGGAGAAAACAUAUCAACAGUGGAUUGACAACCAAUUUCCGGUAUAUCUGGCAACCGUCAAGGAGAGAAACAGUCGAUCACGCAGUCAAGAGAACAUGUUGUCUGUCGAGAUUGGAGAUGGUUCGCAAUGGAAGGGCUACACCAACGGAGCCCUUCGCGGCAAUCGAAGAUAUCAGUUUGCCAUUGUGUUGUUCACUAGAGUCAGUCUGCAAGACAACCUAAUCAAGGUUGGGUCAGACGCAUCCAAGGUCUCAAUCACAAAGUUCUAUCCAAUAAUAAAACUCCCACAGGACCCAGGUAUGUUGCAGGUUCAAUGUGAGAUGCUCAUAUCAUGUGCUUCUCUUCUUUUUCUUUCAAGUUUUGUCAUAAUAUUUGUCAAUGUCAUAGUCGUCAUCACCGUUGCUGUCGGAGCAACGUUGGGGAUUUUCAGCAUUCUUUUCAUCAUUCUUAUUGGCUUCAUUGUUUACUGGAAAAGGUUAUCCAAAAAAGAAUCCUCCGACAUCCAGAUUCAUUCCUUGAGAAGUGCCGCAGUCAGUGUGGAGGACUACGACGCUUAUUACAAAAAGCAGAAAGCGGACUCUAAUUGUGGCUUUGCAGAGGAGUUUGAGGACCUAAGGCUGGUUGGUACAUCUCAGUCGAAAGCAUGUGCCCUGAUUCAAGAGAACAAGGCCAAGAAUCGCUACAACAACGUACUUCCCUAUGAUUCUUCUAGAGUGAAACUCUCUAUCAUUCAUGGAAGUCCUUAUGAUGACUACAUCAAUGCUAACUACAUGCCGGGUUACAACUCCAAAAAGGAAUUUAUUGCAGCUCAGGGUCCUUUGGCCAGCACUGUCAAGGAUUUUUGGAGGAUGAUAUGGGAGAAGAAUGUGUACACCCUAGUCAUGCUUACACGCUGUAAUGAGCAAGGCAGAAUCAAAUGUGAGCAGUACUGGCAUUCAAGCACCAGGCACUUUGAAUACAUCCGUGUAACAACAACAUCUGAGAUACCACUUGAUGACUGGACCAUUAGGGACUUUGAAAUUAAAAAUGUGAAAACAGCAGAGACUCGUUCAGUUCGCCAAUUCCACUUCACAGCCUGGCCCGACCACGGGGUGCCGGAAACCACUGAGCUUCUAAUUAGCUUCAGACACCUGGUCAGAGAACACAUGGACCAGUAUUCCACCAACUCCCCCACUGUGGUCCACUGCAGUGCUGGUGUGGGGCGGACUGGCACCUUCAUAGCCAUUGAUCGCCUCAUCUUCCAAAUUGAAAGGGAAAAUGUGGUGGAUGUGUAUGGCGUCGUCCAUGACUUGCGCAUGCACCGCCCACUCAUGGUGCAGACAGAGGACCAGUAUGUGAUUUUAAACCAAUGUGCAAUGGAUAUAAUCCGAUCAAGGACUGGAACUAAUGUGGAUCUUAUCUACCAAAACACCGCUGCACUCUCCAUUUAUGAGAAUGUGCAACCCAGAAAAGAUUAUUAUAAACAUGGGAAUCACAAUCCAUAAAGCCAGCUGAACCACUCAUGUCUCCUACUUUUUUCUUAAACACCAUUUGUCACGUUCUUGUUUUGGAAUCUUCUAGUUCUCUGAAUCAAAAACUUGUCAUAUUUUACAAUGUAAAUUGUUCACCAAAGAUUAAACUGGUGUGGUAGUUUCCUACAACAUAUUUGAAUCAUGUAGCCGUCGACUGAAAUUAUGUUGGUUACUACUGUAUAUGACUGCUCAGGUUUAUGGCUGUUAUUGUUAGUGACACUUUUAAAGUCUAAAGAAAACGUGUCUUGAAUUGAAUUAUUGGUCUUGUGCCUCCCCACUGUGAUUUGAAACCAGCAGAUGGCACUCAAGUGACACCACAUUGAAACAGCGCUUUCAAUAGAAUUGAAUAAUAUGAGAGAUUAUUUUAUUAUGGUUUUGUACAUCCUAUGUUACUUUCAACUGUGCAAUGAGUACUUAUUUUCUGUUAUGUAGUUUGUUUUUGUUAAGUGUAAAUAUGAUGGUGUUUGUGGGUAUUUUUUUCACUUAUGUGAACAAUGCACUGGAUGCAUUUACUGUAUGUUUCUCAUUUUGAAAGUAAAGAGGCAGUUUAUAUCAGAUGUAUGAUUUGGCCAGUUUGGAACAGUCAUGGGGGUUGGGGGGGAGUCUCGAAUUUGGUUUACGUUUGUAUUAUUUGCUAUGCUAUGCUUGCUGGUACAAUGCAGAACUUUAAAUGACCCACAUUUAUGAUUCGGGUGAUGUGUAAAGCAAAAUGGGGAUGUAUGUUAUUAUGUACACUUCUUGCUUGUUUUUAUGAAUGCCACCAGAUGGGCUCUCAGUUAUUCGUGCUGUUUGAAAUAAUGUGCACGUUAAUGCAAAAACAUUGGCCCCCGACUCAAAUAAAUGCUGUAUACAC